AUGCCUGCUGGCAAGGCCAACAAGCACCAGAUCUUGCAACUAUGCAAAAUUGGGGCUGACUACCUAUCAAAGGUAAAGAACUAUUCAGAAGUGACUGAGUUUAUCCUACUCGGAAUCCCCCAUACAGAGGGUCUGGAGAAAGUGCUCUUUGGGAUCUUCCUAUUCAUCUACAUCUUCACCCUGCUGGGGAAUUUCCUCAUCCUUGUGGCCAUCAUCUCUUCCUCUCGUCUUCACACACCCAUGUAUUUCUUCUUGGGACUCCUAUCUACUUUUGACCUGUUUUUUCCUUCAGUGAGUUCUCCCAAAAUGCUGGUCUUUCUCUCAGGUAAUAGCCGAGUCAUCUCUUAUAAGGGUUGUGCUUCCCAGCUCUUCUUCUAUCAUUUUAUGGGAUGCACUGAGGGCAUUUUAUACUCUGUGAUGUCCUAUGACCGUUUUGUUGCCAUCUGUCACCCACUGCGCUACACAGUCAUUAUGAACCCCAGACUUUGUGUUUUCCUUGCUGCAUGUACCACAUUGAUAGGCUGCAUCCAUGCCACUAUACUGACAUCACUCACCUUCCAGUUGCCUUACUGUGGCCCCAAUGAAGUAGACUAUUACUUCUGUGACAUUCCUGCCAUAAUACCACUGGCUUGUGCUGACAACUCACUGGUCCAGAGGGUGGGUUUCACUAAUGUUGGUCUUCUGACUGUAACAUUACUUUUCACUAUUCUUGUCUCCUAUACCCACAUUGGGAUAGCCAUUUUGAGAAUCCGUUCAGCUGAAGGCAGGAGCAAAGCUUUUUCUACCUGCAGUGCCCACCUUGCUGCAAUCAUAUGUGCCUUUGGACCAAUUAUUAUCAUCUAUUUUCAGUCCACACCCAACCCUUUACUUGGUGCUGUAGUUCAAAUUUUGAAUAACAUUGUCUCACCUAUGUUGAACUCCUUAAUCUAUUCUCUCAGGAACAAGGAAGUAAAAAGAGCCUUGAAAAGAGUUUUAUUAAAAAGAUAUCUUUCAGUAUCAGUCGAACAUGUUUCCCCUUGGACAUGUAAGUUCACCCAGUUUCAUUCUGCUUUUAUUGAGAAAAGAAUGGGGAGCCAUCAAUCAAGUGACAACAUAGUCCAAUAAUAUAAAUAAGUGGAUUUAAGAGUUUGGGGUUAUUAUAACCUCUGGAUGGGCAAAUGGACACUUUGAAAGAAGAGAAUUAAUGAGCUUUUACACAGAGAUACACAGACACACAUAAAAACAAAGGCUUACAUACUGAAUCACAUUCUGUGAAACACUCAGCUCAGCUUUUUCUAUGACAAGGUGUUGGCUGAUUUAGAAGCUGUGUGUUAUAAAAUUCUGGGCUUAUAAUAAGGAAGACCUUGGUUCAAAUAAAGAAUUUGAUAUUUAGUUUUGUGAGGAUUGACAAAGCAUUUUGACUUUUUGACAGUGAGAUUUCUUAACUAUGACAUAGAGACAAUAAAAUUUGUAGCAUGGUCAUGACAAUAUUUUGAGACUCGAGAUAAUUUUAUAAACCAUUUUAUAAACUUUAAUAGAACUUAAAAUUAUAAGUAUGUGGAGGUAGCUGGAUAACUCGGUGGAUUGAAAUCCAGGCCUAGAGAUGGGAGGCCAUAGGUUCAAAUCUGGCCUCAGGCACUUCCUAACUG